UCUUGAAGUCAUCAGUGAGAAUUUACGACUGGUCAACAAAUGCACGUGAUUCCCGAGCGCUCUCCCAUAUUUGGCCGCAUACCUGGCAAAGUACAGUAGGCUUCAUUGCUAUAAUUCAUGAUUACAUCAUAAAUCGUGAAGCAGAGGAUUAUAGCGACAAAGAUCUACAAAUCGAGCCUUUAAAAACAAGCAAAUGAGCUCUUACUUUGUUAACUCGUUUUCAGGGCGCUAUCCGAAUGGCUCCGACUAUCAGUUACUAAAUUAUGGGACUAACGGCACUGUGAACGGUACGUUCAGGGACCCUGGCACCAUGCACUCUGGGUCUUUCGGAUGCAACUACAAUGGCAUGGACCUAACCGUAAAUCGCCCCGACACUGGUAGCCACUUCGCGGCUGUUGGAGAGGAUACCCGUGGUUUUCAGUCCACUGGCCCGGAUGCCCGGUACAGAUUGCCGACCUGCUCGCUUUCGUCUCCAGAUCCCCUUCCUUGCGCCAACCGCGAGUCUUUGGAACUAAAAAGCCCCUCUCCUCCACCUGACCGGAGCACGACCUCGAUCGCCAACAAUAAUCUCAACAAAGGCAACAACAGUCAUUUUACAGAGAUAGAGGAUACCAGCGUUGUCUCUGAGACUGAGGAAGGCGCGCACACAAGCAGUACCAGCAGCAUGGCUGCCCGGGCACAACAACUACAACAGGAGUCCAAUAACGCAACCUCCACGACAAUCUCAAACGAUUGCCAAACGCCGCAAAUAUUCCCAUGGAUGCGGAAACUGCACAUUAACCAUGAAAUGGCUGGACCAGAUGGGAAAAGGGCCCGAACAGCGUACACCCGCUACCAGACGCUAGAGCUGGAGAAAGAAUUUCACUUCAAUAGAUACCUAACCCGGAGGAGGAGAAUAGAGAUAGCCCACACGUUGUGCCUCACGGAACGACAAAUAAAAAUCUGGUUUCAGAAUCGAAGGAUGAAAUGGAAGAAGGACAAUAAACUGAAAAGUAUGAGUCUGGUUACAGGAGGUAGCGCGUUCCAUAACUGAGCUCGAACUGCAAGUGAUAAGGGGGGAAUCCGGAGUACUGUAAACUACAGCGCAGCAUCUUUCAGCAUGUUGUUGUGAUUUUAGACGAAAAAAUAUUCUGUGGUCUUCAACAGACGUUUAGUUCAACGUUGUGUUACGGUAGCCUGUAGUUAUCUUUGGAACUAGAAAAAAAGUUAGACUCGUUGUCUAAGGGUAGUAUAAAGUCAUGUGCUCUGUUUUAUCUCUUGAAUGUUGUCAUGUUUCACGUGAGCUGUUAGCCUAUAUUGUGUAAUUUCUAAACAUUCUAACAGGUGUAAAGUGUACAGUAGCCUAUGUUUCCAAAACAUAUGCUGCUCUUCAUUGAAUGUAAACCUAUAGAUGAUGGGAUCAUUCAAAGCGCUUCAGUGUAAGUUUUUAAUGCUGUAUUUAUGCUUGAUUAUCGUGGUUAGCGCAGUACGUUUUCCAGGUUUAAAAAUACAGGUAAAUCUGUUAUGUAGCCUAUAACACGUUGUGCACAAAUAUAUCCAAUUGUAAUUGUUUAGAACUAAGUACUUAUUAAGUUGCAUAAAUGUAUUGAACCUUUUCAAUGUGAUCAAUUUGUAUAGUGGACAGGAAGGGAGUGGUAUUCGGUGGAUUAUACGCCUACAGUGAUGGUAAAGAUUUUGCCAAUUAAGCUUUUUGUAUUUCUAUGUGAAUCUAUAGAUUUGGAAAUAAAGUUUCUCUCCAUCGCUUGA